CACGUGACUCUGGGUGAAGUUCUUCCUGAGAGAGCGGUGCAAAACAGACUGACAAAUCCAGGAACGGAGAAUUGCAGUUUGUGUAGUCAGUGGAAGAAGCACUCCCCUGUAGAGUCAUGGCCUCUGCAUCAAUACCAGUCUACAACCGCUCAAAUAACCCCCUGGAGAACAGCUCUAGUCAGAAUGCAUCCAGAGAGAGUCUGAAGAUGGAACCACUGGCAGUCACCCUACUGCCCGGAGAGGAGAGAGUCAUAGACAAAGACAUAAUGUACAUAUGUCCAUUCAGCAGACCUGUCAAAGGCAAAGUCUUCAUUACUAACUACAGACUGUACUUCAAGAGUGCAGACGCAGACCCGUCGGUGACCCUGAACGUUCCGCUGGGUGCCAUUGGCCGGGUGGAGAAGAUGGGCGGAGCCUCUAGUCGGGGGGAGAACUCAUACGGGCUGGACAUCACCUGCAAGGACAUGAGGAACCUGAGGUUUGCGCUGAAGCAAGAGGGCCACAGCAGAAGAGACAUCUUCGAUAUACUCUUUAGAUACGCCUUUCCACUAUCCCACGGCCUGCUUCUGUUUGCUUACCUGAGUCAGGAGAAAUAUGAAGAGAAUGGCUGGAGUGUCUACAAACCCAUGGAAGAGUUCAGGCGGCAGGGCUUACCCACUGACAAGUGGCGUAUCACGUUCAUCAAUGACAACUACGAGCUGUGUGACACCUACCCCACUAUACUGGUGGUUCCCUUCAAAGCUACAGAGGAAGACCUGAGGAAAGUGUCUACCUUCCGGUCGAGAGGACGCAUACCGGUCCUAUCCUGGAUCCACCGUGAGAACCAGGCCGUUAUCUGCCGCUGCUCCCAGCCCCUGGUGGGGAUGUCUGGGAAGAGGAACAAGGACGACGAGCGCUACCUGGACGUGAUCCGGGAGGCCAACGGCACUGCCAAGCUCACCAUCUACGACGCACGGCCCAGCGUCAACGCCGUUGCCAACAAGGCCACGGGUGGGGGUUACGAAGGAGACGACACUUAUCAGAACGCUGAGCUGGUGUUUCUGGACAUACACAACAUCCACGUCAUGAGAGAGUCACUGAAGAAGCUAAAGGACAUCGUCUAUCCCAACGUAGAGGAGUCACACUGGCUGUCUAGUCUGGAGUCUACACACUGGCUAGAACACAUCAAGCUCGUCCUCUCCGGAGCCAUCCAGGUAGCAGAUAAGAUAUCGGGGGGUAACUCUGUGGUGGUCCACUGUAGUGAUGGGUGGGACCGGACAGCCCAGCUCACCUCUCUGGCCAUGCUGAUGCUGGACAGCCACUACCGCACACUCCGGGGCUUCCAGGUACUGCUGGAGAAGGAGUGGAUCAGCUUCGGACACAAGUUUGCCUCUAGGAUAGGACACGGGGAUAAGAACCAUGCAGACCAGGAUAGGUCUCCUAUCUUUGUACAGUUCAUAGACUGUGUCUGGCAGAUGACCAAACAGUUCCCGACAGCGUUUGAGUUCAACGAGCGGCUCCUAAUGACCAUCCUGGAUCACCUGUUCAGCUGUCGCUUUGGAACCUUCCUCUACAACUGUGAGAGUGCCAGGGACACCAACGAGGUACGGUCUAAGACAGUGUCCCUGUGGUCGUUGGUGAACAGUGACUCUACUUCCUACCUGAACCCCUUCUACACUCCUGAGUCCAGUAGGGUCCUCUACCCCGUAGCCAGCAUGAGACACCUAGAGCUUUGGGUGACUUAUUACAUCCGCUGGAACCCACGCAUACGACAACAGCAGAGUCCAGUGGAACAGCGUUACAUGGAGCUCCUGGCACUGAGAGACGAAUACCUGAAGAAACUAGAGGAACUGCAGCUCACUGACUCCUCCCCUAACUCCUCCCACCUAUCAAAUAGCUCUGCCUCCAAUGCGGCCUCGCCCACGCAGCACAUCAAUCACCUGCACACCCCUUUCUGAGUGGGGUACUCAAACACACACGUGAGUGUGUGUUUGUUCAUCAGGGUUGAGGUUACUUCGAUAUCAAUUGAGUCAAUGAAUCAAAGGAAAUAGAAUUCCUAAUUUAAGAUUUGAAAAGUGAAAUUUAUUCCAAAUAGGAACUUUUCAGAUUCUUGAAUUAGAAUUUCAAUUCACUUCCUGAAUCGACAUGUAAUUUGACCCUGACACAGACACAAUAAGUUGUUUUUUUGUACAUAGCGUUAGUAAAGUAAUAAUGGAGAUGAUAAAUAACAUGGAAAUCAUGACGUAUGACCAUAACAAAAACUUAACUAUGGUGAUUAUGCAAUAUGUCACAGUACAGCCUUUUGACAACUUUUGUAUAACGUUUUUUUUUCUGCAAAAACAGAGAAGCCUUAAUACGAAAUAAAAUAAAUACUCAGUGUGUUGUAGAUAAACUAUAAAGGACGUGUGAAAGGUUAAAACUCAAUGGCUGCAUUACGAUUCUCUACACUUUACAUAGUGUGCACUCAUUUACUCCCCAGCAUUGCAUCGGUAAAAGCAGGCUGGAGGGAGUUUCCAUCGUAUUACUCACACCAGUCCAUUAAUUUUAAAUCCAUGAGAGGAGGGGGGGGUGAAUGAGUGCACACUUCCAGAAGAGUAAAGAAUGGGAACAUAGCCCCUGCUCCUCUUGAACUCUGUACACUGUGUCAACUCCAAGACCUGAAAAGGGCAUUGUUAAACUGUUAUGACAAACAUACUAAAAAGAGAACGUUUGACUAUUAGUGCAUUUGGCUGACUUAAAUCAGUGUGCACCUGUACAAAUGUCCUCAAUAUGAGCAAUACCAGUCCAGUCAACCAGUUAAGUGUGGAUAACAAACUAGAGUAACUUCAGUAAUAAGUUGGGUAAACUCCCAUAAGUUGGGUAAGUACAAACCCUGCAGUUCCCCAGUCCCAACUCACUUAAAUUCUCUGAAUAUCUGCGUCCUUCAGUUUAUUGCAUACAUUCGUAACAGCCCUAAGUCCUUGCAUUUAUCAGGGGUUGUCUGUAGUCCACUCUAUGAGAUGUCCAGUGGGUCCAGUAUCCCCAUGUAUUUUACUGUAGAAGGUCUAUGGAGAGACAGGACACUGAGUUGUAUUGGUUUUUAUUAGAGGAGCUGUGAGUUUUUAUCUCCAACAAUGUCCACCCUAGCCUGGUCCCAGAUCUGUUAGUGCUGUCUUGCGAACUCAUGCAUGUCAAGUAUGACAAUGACCAUAGGAAUUGGCAAGACAGCACAAACCGAUCUGGCACCAGGCUAGGUCCACUCAGUCAGUCCAAUAAAGUUCUGCAUCAACAGGACUCUCAUUUUGCCAACGUAAAACUUGAGAACCUUAGAACCUGUCACCUUAAAACCAGUCAAACUCCUCUUGGCAUAAACUUAAACCUGAAAUCCCUAAUGGUGAAACUGCCACAUCCAUUUGCGAUUAUAACAACGAAGUUACUGCAAACAACUAAUUCUGGUUAUUUCCCUCCGACAUCAUUGCACAUGAAUAGAAGCAUAUGUAAUGCCAUUUUUUUUACCACGAUCUGCAACGCUCCCCAGCUCUGCUUCGUCAACAAAACAAAAACGAUAACAACGGCCGUGGGGCGGACAGAGGCGCUGUUUUGCCUACUGCUCAUUCCGUGAUUAAACAUUUAUCUCAAAACACUUUAUCUAAAUCCAGGGAGCAAAAUUGGUUUAGAUCAAGUUUGCUUGAGUUUAAAGGUUUUAGGACUUCCACAGAGUUUUCUCCAAAAGACUAUGGGCAGGAAAAAGUUAUUUUGACAAGAGCAACAACCAGAGGUGAGGUAAGAUCGGUGGAAAAGUCCAGAAUAGUUUGAAAACUUUCAAGGGACAACAAUAAGGUGUCCCAAGUAUUCUCAGACAAGAUACAGUUCUUUGGACAAUAACUACCAUAGAGUUUGAGAUAAGAUUUGGGAUAAGAUUAGUAAAAAGAAGUCUAGAAAUGUUUAGUAACUCUUUUUAAAGGGCAGGUCCAGUGUUCUCGGGACCGCUGGUCGGGUCCAGUUCUGUGCCUUUGACCACCUGAGGUUCAACCUCAGGUAGACGUUUUGUACCCAAACCAGAGAUCUGUAUAUAAUGAGAUGCUCAUGUCUCUGCCCCAGCAAUGGGAGUUGUUGACCCAAAGGCAAGAAGGCAGGCGACAAGCUUAGGUCAAAAAUUAGCCCAUAGAAACACAUUGGGCAAUUUGUAAAAUAUAUUUUGGCAGGAGUGAAACCUCUCGCUUCACCUCUUCCUCUCUGCUCAAACUAUACAUUUUGUCUUUGUUAUCGUUCCUCUGUGGCGGGGAGAAAGGGAAAGAAAGCACCCAAUUGGUUGUGGCAGGAAAAAGGAAGCACCUGAUUUGUUGUGGCGUGGGAAAGUCAAAUCCUGAUUCGUCGUCAGGGGGGAGAAAGAUGGGGAAAGGAAACUGUUGAUGGGUUGCUGUGGGUUCGUUCUCGUGAAGACUCUUCGGGUGGGUUACGCUUGUUUUAAAACGGUCACCAUACUGGAUAUGGCAACGCCAUACAAAAGAAUGAAUAGAUAUGACUUAGAAGGCUUGUGCGGGGUCACCCAUGUUGAAAGGUGGUGGUGGGGAAAGAAUGAGGGCACUAGCGGCUCCCUAAUGCCUCACCAGAAUGCAGCACUUUGGAAGUCUUUGGCCUCAAUAAGCAGGGGAAAGUAAAAAACGACACUGCAAGGGAAAAAUAACCACAUCGCAGAAGACUUUGUUUGAUUGUGUUAGUUGGUUGAUUAUUUUUAGCGAAAAAUGUAAAAGACAAAAAUCUAUUUUUAUUUUUUACUUUGUACAAGUACAGUAACUGAUGUACACUGAACAAAAAUAUAAAUGCAACAUGCAACAAUUUCAAAGAUUUUACUGAGUUACAGUUCAUAUAAGGAAAU